CGGAAGCCAGUCUCCACACUCAUAUCUACCACUCACCGUACCGAUGUACAAUUGUCGAUAAACCAUUGACCUUCCUAUCAGGUAUGUUUUACUUACCUUGUUGUCUCUGUAUAUUCGUUGCCUGUGCCCUCGUGAAAUUCAACCUCUUUGUACACUCUGUACAAUCACAGUCCCAGUGUCACGAAAUCUGUUCAAUUCAAGAACAUAACGACAUUCCUAGACCUAGACUGAGAAAUAGCCAUCGUGUACCAAUUUUUGGAUUCCAGCUACAUGAUUGCAGUGUUAACAAUUGGUUAACCACAACUGAACUGGUUACAAUAUUGAAUGAUGGUGUUCAUGUUCAGCGAGAAGCAAAGAGGCGUUACGAUGUCACUACGUGUGGUUCUCAUGUUGACUCAACUUCGAAUGAUAAAUUCAGAUCCGGCGUCCUUAUCUUUCUUUGUCCUUUACUUCCACCAUCUCUAUCCAACGUUCACAUUAUUGCGUGAACCUAUGAACUGAGCUUCUUCCAACAUCACCACGGCUUUUUAAGCAAAAAUGCAAGGACAAUUUUCUACUACUCCUCAAAGAUCUCAACGUAUGAACUUCACCCCAGAGCAGCGCGCUCUCCUCAUUACAGCUAUAGAAGAAGUACAUUA